AUGGUCUCCGUUUAUAAAAAUGAGGAAUAAUUUGAUGAUUUAGAUGUGGCACCUUUUUUCAAACAAGAAACAUCCAUUUCUAAACUAGAUUAGCAGGUUAUUAAGAAAAGUGAUUAAAAUAUAAAGAAACUUUUGAAAAAAAUUGAUAAACAGAGUGUUCAAUAUGUAGAAUGGAUGAGGAAAAAAUAAGCUGAGAGAUAAAAGAAAGGUUAUACAUCAGUGCAUGGAAUGUAUCAUUAAGAUAGAGACAACCAGCAAACUACUGAUAAUACAUCUAAUAAGAGAUCUCAAAUAAUUGAUCGCAAGAAGUCAACAUAUACCUUUUAAAAUAGCUAAAGAUUAUCAAGAAGUGGAAGCAGAGCAGAAAGUGCAAGGCCAGGUACUGCAAUGGCUGAUAGAAAUCAGCCACCAAAUAUGGAAAGUCUCUAUAAGGGCACAGCUACCUAUUUAGAUUAUAAAAGAAGAACAAGUCCAGUCAAUUUAAAAUUGCUAAUUGAUCGACUCUAAAAUCCAAAAACCUUCAUCUAAUAUUAAGAUCUGGAAGAAAUUAGUCAAAGCAGACAAGCCACUUUGCAAUCUGCUAGGGAGGACUUAAGUUUACUGUAAAAUCAAUUGAAAUAUAUUGAUAGAGAAAAACUGAAGGUAGAUCAAGAUUUCAUGCAGACAUAGAUAUUUUAUAACAGAGGAAUAAUCCCUUAAUCUCAUAGAUUAUCUACUAAUCCUGAAGAUAUAGCUGAUAAAGAGGAAAUGCUGUAGGAAACAUUGAGAAUCAGAUAAAAUAGCAAUUCUUAAUAUCUUAAAGCUCUGAGCAGUAGUAGAAAGUCGAUUGAUUAGAGCUAACUAUUAGCAAAAAGAAGCAGUAUAUUCAAGUAAUACUCAAUGAAAGGCCUAAAUGGUCAAAACUACAGGAAUAGCAGGGUAAAGAAUGAAUCUGCGAUCAAGGAAAAUCAGAUUAGGAUGCUUUUCAAAAACAUCAAGGAGUAAAAAGAAAAGUAGUUGCAAGGCAGGUAUUAAGAUUUAGAAAAGAGUCAGGAUUCUUUAAAUAAUGCGCUUUAAAGAGUUAAAGAUGAGGAGAUGAGAGGAAGACUAGAAAAGUAUGCUAAUCAACUUUUCAAGACUACUGAUUCAAAGAAAAGACAGAAGAGCUAAACUAACAGCAAAAACAAUACUGAUGUUAUUAGGAUUCUUAACCUAGAUCCUGGACCAUCAAAAAAGCCAAAAUUAUACAAGAUUUACAAUGAUAGCUAACCCAUCGAAAAGAAAGUUGGCGAUUUGAUUAUGCUCACAUAGAGAGCAGGAGGAAAUAUUAGAAAUCAUUAAAAAGGGUUAAAGUCUGAGAUUGAAAAUAGAGAGACUAAGACAAAGUAACAAGAAUAAUUAAGAUCUGGAAAAAAUCUAAUCUAUAAGUAAAUAGUUUAAAAUUAACAUAAAAACCAUAAAUCACUUAGUAGAACUAUAAACGCUGACUUGAGUAAUUUUGAUUAAAGUUAAAACUCAAAAGUCUAUGAUAGUGAAGGCAAUAUAGUAAAUAAAACAAGGGCUUUAAGAGAAAGGUUUUAUCAGAGAUAAAUUUCUUAAUAUGGUUAGAAGCCUUCAAAUGUAAUGGUUGAUAAGAAUCUUCAAAAAGUUUUGGAGUAUGUGACUUAAGACAUGCAAACAGCAAUGCCCAAGAGAAAUGCAUUAAAUAUACUAUAGUCAAUAAAAUCUGAUGUAAAGAAAGCUAAUUACUUGGAUACUUUUAUCGUUCCAUCCAAAUAAAUAUCAUGA